UCAAUAUCAGUCUCUCUUUAUCCUCCUCCUGUUUUCAGAUUAUUCCAACACCUUGACCAACCUACUCUCUGAAUUUCUCCUCAAUUGUAUACGCAUACAUACAACAAGGGGAUUACCUCCUCAUUGAAAAUGGCAGUACAAAACGUGGAUCUGUUUGAAGGAUACUUCAGAAGAGCAGAUUUGAAUAAAGACGGGAUCAGUGAAUCUGAAGCCGUUACUUUCUUCCAAGGCGCCAAUCUGCGUAAACAAGUUCUCGAUCAGAUAUGGACACAUGCUGACUACAACAAAACUGGUUUCAUAGGAAGGAACGAGUUCUACAAUGCCCUUAAACUUGUUACAGUAGCUCAAAGUAAGCGAGAGCUAACCCCAGAUGUGGUGAAGGCAGCGCUUUAUGGUUCUUCUUCAACUGUUCAACCCGUGCCACAGUUGCAUAGUGCUGCUUCUACUGUUCUCCAGACUGCAAGCAUGGACCACCAGUUGUUUCCUUCUCAACAAAUUCAAUCAGCAAAACCACCUCGACCUAUGUCUUUUCCUUCUAACUUCCAUCCACAACAUCCUCCAAGCACAAAUAAUUCAGCUGAUGGUACAAAAAGGGAUAGUCCAAGCAUUCCAUCUGUGGAGUUGGUAGGCAGGGAUCCUAAAGCGUUGCUGGCUUCUGGAAUUGGAUUUAUGCCUGGCUCGGUUUUUGGAGAUGCAUCUUCUACAUCCUCUUCUCUACUCAAACAGGAUUUUCAAGUGUCUGCAUCUUCUGCUAGUUAUUUAACUAUUUCAUCAUCCAACACUCCAGUUUCUACAGGUUCUCAAAUGGCAAUUAAUUCAGGGGGAAUGGGAUCUUCUCAGAAUUUAUUUACUCAGCCAUCUGUAGGAAAUCAGUACCAGCAUAUUCAAACAGUGAAAGGAAAUCCACAAGUCCCUUUGCAGAGCUCCACAACAAAGAAUUCAACGAGAUCUAGUUUAGUUGCAGGUGCCGGAAAUUUGACAGCUGCUCAGUCACAGACUCCUUGGCCAAAGAUUACUCAGACUGAUGUACAAAAGUAUACUAGACUAUUUUUGGCAGUUGACACUGAUAGAGAUGGGAAAAUUAGUGGUGAACAGGCACGAAACUUGUUCUUAAGUUGGCGGCUUCCACGUGAGGUUUUAUACCAGGUGUGGGAUCUUUCUGAUCAAGAUAAUGACAGUAUGCUUUCUUUAAGAGAGUUCUGUAUUUCACUUUAUCUUAUGGAACGGUUCAGAGAAGGCCGCUCCCUUCCCUCUAUGCUUCCAAGUGAGGUUUUCUUGAAUGAGGGACUAAUACCUGCCACUGGUCAAUUUUCCACAGCUCAUAACAAUGCGAGUUGGAGACCUAGUCAAGGGUUACAACAGUCACGAGGGAUGGCUGCUUCCCAGCAAUCUACUCAUGCUGCCAGAGCAAAGUUACCAAAUCAGGGUCCUCCCUCCCCAGCUGAUGAGUCUAUGCCACCAUCUCCACAGAAAUCCACAAUUCCUGUGCUUGAGAAGAAUCUUGUAGACCAACUUAGUGAAGGGGAACAAAAUUCACUAAACACAAAGUUCCAAGAGGCAAAAGAGGCAAAUAUGAAGGUGGAAGAACUGGAGAAGGAAAUAGUAGAGUCUAGACAGAAGAUAGAGUUCUACAGCUCCAAGAUGCAGGAAAUUGUUUUAUACAAAAGCAGAUGUGAUAGCCGUCUUAAUGAGAUUUCAGAAAGAGUUUCUGCUGAUAAGCGUGAGGUUGAAUCUCUUGCCAAGAAAUAUGAAGAGAAAUACAAACAGACAGGAGAUGUGGCCUCUAAAUUAACCAUUGAAGAGGCCACUUUUCGUGAUAUUCAGGAGAAAAAAAUGGACAUGUAUUGGGCGAUUAUGAAAAUGGACCAAGACGGAAAGCCUGAAGCUAUUCAGGUUGGCGCUGAUCAAAUCAAACUAGAAUUGGAGGAGCUGAUGAAAUUCCUGAAUGAGCGCUGCAAGACUUACAGCUUACGUGCAAAACCAACCACAUUGGUUGAACUUCCUUUUGGUUGGCAGUCUGGCAUUCAAGAAGGAGCAGCUGAUUGGGAUGAAAAUCGGGAUAAGUUUGAAGAUGAAGGCUUCACAUUAAGUAAAGACCUGACUCUAGAUGUGCAAAAUGUUGUUGCACCUCCUAAGGAGAAAUCAGUCAUAAAAAAGGGAUCUUCUUCUGUUGAGGUUGGAGCAGAGGUUUCAUCUAUAGUUGCCAAUGGUAAAAUUAAUAAAGUGCCAAGCUCUGAAGAAAGGGCUCCUAAUGAUGCUCAUAGUCAUAAAAAAGGGAUCACUGCAAGUCCACUAGGUCGGAACUCAUCUAUUAAGAACUCUGACAUGGAUACUUCUUCACCCCGUGAUUCAGAUACCCAGAGUGAACAUGGAGGAACAUUCGACACUCACUUUGACACCAACUCGGUCUGGGAUUUGAAUUCUGUAUCUAAUAAGGAGAUGGAGCAUUCAUUCUUCGUUUCAGACGAAUUAGGUCUGCCUCCAAUCAGGACAGAUUUUUCAUACAGAGACAACUUUCCUAAGAAAAGUACAUAUAUCUUUACAGAUUCUAUUCCAAGUUCUGCCAAUUCUCCAGAGUCAGAUAACUUGUUUCAAAAUAAGAGGACACCUGUGUUCGAUUCUGUUCCAAGCACACCACAAUCCGAUAUCUUUCAGAACAGGAGCACAUUUGUGUUCGACUCGGUGCCGAGCACCCCACAGGCCAAUAAUAAUCUGUUUGAAAAUAAGAGCACGUUCCAGUUUGACUCCGUGCCAAGCACCCCACAGGCCAAUAAUAAUAAUCUGUUUGAAAAUAAGAGCACGUUCCAGUUUGAUUCCUUUCCAAGCACACCUAAGUACAACUAUAGCAAUUCUCAAUAUGGGUUCGGUGAGGGACCAGAUAUUUUAGCAAGAUUCGAUUCGUUUCGCAGCACUGCAGAUUCUGAUUAUGGGCAGGGAUUAUUUUCCCAGCAAGAUUCACUUGGAAGAUUUGAUUCCUUCCGCAGUUCUAAGGAGUCGAAUGAUGGUCAUGGUUAUGCCAGGUUUGAUCCGAUCCAUAGCAACAGAGUUUCCAAUGAUAGCCAUGUAUUUCCUUCUUUUGAUGAUUCGGACCCAUUUGGAUCGAGCGGUCCAUUUAAGACAUCACUAGACAGUCAAACCCCGAGGAGAGACUCCGAUGACUGGAAGCCUUUCUAGCCGAAAUUGGAUUCUUACAUUGGUGACAUGAUUUGGUACCACACUGAGUUUUAAGGCGAUGAUCUCACUAUGUAUUAUACUCACCUUCAUUAUUCGAUCGCCUUGUUUUUUUUAAUUUUUAGGGCAGAUGUAUAAAUGCAAACAAAUAGAUAUUUGUAAACUACCAUAGAUAUACAUUAUGCAAUGAGUAGAGUUUCCUUGUGUC